AUGAAUGGUAAUAGUAAUCAACACAACCAUAACCAUCAACAGAGGAAUAUAAAUAAUAAUAGAAUAUUUACUACUACUUCAAAUUAUCAAAAAUCAUCAAUAGAUAAUAAUAAUUUUGGUUCAAUACCUUAUUCACAAGAAGAACAAUUUACAAUUCAACAUAGAUUAAAUAAGGUUUUAGGUCCAGAAUAUGUUAGUUAUCGUCCAAGUGGUGGUAAUCAAAAAGUUCAAUAUAUUGAAGGUUGGAAAGCUUUAAAUUUAGCAAAUGAAAUUUUUGGUUUUAAUGGUUGGAAUUCUCAAGUUAUAAGUUGUAAUGUUGAUUAUUUUGAUACUCAUAAUAAUUCAGGUAAAUAUUCCUUAGGUAUAAGUAUAAUAGUUAGAGUUACUCUAAAAGAUGGUACUUUUCAUGAAGAUAUUGGUUAUGGUUAUAUAGAUAAUGCGAAAUCAAGACCAAUGGCUUUUGAAAAAUGUAGAAAAGAAGCUUUAACUGAUGGUUUAAAAAGAUGUUUAAGAUGUUUUGGUAAUGUAUUAGGAAAUUGUUUAUAUGAUAAAUCAAUAGUUAAACAAAUGAAAAAAAUUGAAACUGAACAAGUUGAAUAUGAAUUAGAUAAUUUUCAUAGAGAUCCAUUAUUAAUUGAAAGAGAACGUAAAAAAUUAAAACAAGAAGAACAACAAAGAAUUGAAUAUGAGCAAAAGAUGAAAUUACAACAAGAAGAACAACAAAGAAUUGAAUAUGAGCAAAAGAUGAAAUUACAACAAGAAAAAUUAGAAAAGGCAAAAUUAUUAGCAAAACAACAUCAAGAGAAGAUGAAAUCAAAAGACCAAAAUACAUUUAUAACGCCAAAAUCACCAAGUAAAAUAUUGAAUUUACCUCCUCCAUCACCACCACCACCACCACAAUCACAACCAAGAGAUGAUAAUGUACCUGAUGAUGAAGAAGAUAGUUUUUUAUUUAGUGAUGAUAUAAAUGAAGAUAUAUUUGAUAAACAAUCACCAAGAAGAUCACCAAGAAAACAAUUACAACAACAACAACAACAACAACAAGAACAACCAUCAGAAAUACAAGAGAAUACACCACCAACAUCAACAUCAGUUCAAAUUGGAUUUGUUCCUGCUAGAAGUGCAAAUUUAUUACAAUGUAAUAAAAUCAAUGAAUUAAAAGAAUUUGAUACAUCAUUUAUACCACAAAGUAUAAGACAUACAAUAGAUCAAAAGAGAUCAUUCCCUAUCAAAAGAUCAGAUAUUAGUUUAAUUACUACUACUACUACCACUAAUAAUAAUAAUAAUAAUGCAUUAAAACCAAAUCAUUUACAUAAUAGAAUAAAUAAACCAAGUAUAAAUCCAUUAAAUAUUGGAAAUAAUAAAAUAUUAACAACCUCAUCACAACAAGAUAUAAUUACAUUCAAACGACCAGUAAUAGAAGAUAUAAAUAAUGAUAUAAAACGACCUCAUAAUGAAUAG